AUUUUGGCCAAGAUCUUUCACAUCAUUUUCUUACCUAUGCAUCAUCAAACAAUAUCAAACAUGAACAUCUAGCACUGGCUACUUACUUUAUCUUCUUAUUUAAAUUAACGAAUGGCGAAAAAGAUUUAUGUAUUUCAAUGAAUGUCGAUAAUCGUUAUAAAGAUGAACUAAAAUCUAUAAUUGGACUGUUUGAGAAUGUUAUUCCACUACGAUGUCAAUUAGAUCCUCAUUGGUCUUUCCAAUAUCUACUUGAUUAUGUUCGAGAGAUAACAACCAAUAGUAUGAAAUAUUCUUAUUUUCCUCUUCAACGUAUUCUUAAUCAACAUCCAAAUGUUUCAAAACCAGCAUUUCUUGAUAUAUCAUUUGAAUUUAUAUCAUCUAUGACUAGGAGUGACAACAAACUAAUAAUGAUUGGUGAUAGUCAACUUUCUUCCAUACCGUCCACAAUGAACAUUACUAACAAUAAGAUUACAAAUAAGUGUGAUUUCUCACUUCUAAUCCAACAUGAUAUCAAUAUCAAUCAACUAUCAUGUACAAUCAAUGCAUCACUUGAUUUAUUCAAUGUAGACACAAUUGAUAAAAUAUCUCAACGAUUUCAUUCAAUUUUAAAUCAGUUAUUUGCAUCUGUUGAUGAUCAAACGAAUAAGCCAGUCUAUGAAAUAUCAUUAACGUUACCAGAUGAAAGAUUACUCGUGCAAUCAAUAAAUAAUACACAAGUAUCAUUUGCAUCUCCUCUCACUUGUAUUCAACAUGAAUUUGUACAUCAAGUAAUGAAACAUCCACAAAAACUAGCUGUUGAAUUGGAUGAACAAUCAUUAACAUAUUGUGAACUUCUAUAUUAUGUCCAAGUGUUAUCUUUAACUCUUAUAAAUAAACAUGUUGUUGUUCCAGGUGAAAUUAUAUGUCAAUGUGUCGAGAGAAGUUUGUCAAUGGUUAUAGGUAUAAUGGCGAUUGAAAUGAGUGGUGGUGUCUAUUGUCCAUUGUCACCUAGGGAUCCACAACAUCGUUUACAUGCUCUCAUACAACAAACACAAAGUCGUCUUGUUCUCUUGCAUUGGUGGACAAAAAUGAACUUCAAUAAUGAUAUUCUCUCAAUUGAUAUUCAUUCGAUAUUGACUAAUCAUGACUCAAAGUGUGAUAUUGACAUAGAUCGACUAUCCGACGUCAAAGUGACACCCAAGGAUAUCGCUUAUAUCAUUUUUACAAGUGGCUCAACUGGCAUACCAAAAGCAGUACGUGUAUUAAAUUUAAGUAAUACAGAACAGUGCUAUAUUCUAUUUGGUUCUAUAAUUUCAGGUUCAAUUGCGUCAUCGUAA